CGGCCAGAUGCGGACUUUAGAAUUGGAACAGUACUCGGGCUGCGACUGAUGACGUUUCACGAGUCCACGAGAACAAACGUAUACACAAGAACGCAUAUUGAGAAAGGGCCAUAUUCUAAUGUAUCAUUUUGUGUGAAGUUAAACGUAAAAUGAUUUAGAAAAACAAAUACCACGUGCCCGUCAUGUGUUACGGUGACGUCAUCAUCACUGCAGCUCAUCAUGGCGGCGGCUCCGUCGGUUUUCCACAGAGUGGGAACUGGUUCUAAAGUCGGAGCCCAGUAUGACCAGGACGGAAACCUUAUUCAGGUGGAAACCCGAGAGGAUGAAGAGCAGAGCGUCAAGCUGGCGGAGAUCCUGGAGCUGCUGCUGGCUGCUGGGUACUUCAGAGCUCGAAUUAAAGGCUUGUCCCCUUUUGAUAAGGUGGUAGGUGGUAUGACCUGGUGCAUCACCACAUGUAACUUCGACAUCGACGUGGAUCUACUUUUCCAAGAAAACUCUACUAUUGGCCAGAAAAUAGCCCUGACUGAGAAAAUAGUCUCUGUGCUACCAAAGAUGAAGUGUCCACAUUGCCUCGAGCCACAUCAAAUCCAAGGCCUGGAUUAUAUCCACAUUUUCCCAGUGAUACAGUGGUUGGUGAAGCGAGCGAUAGAGACCAGGGAAGAGAUGGGCGACUAUGUGAGGGCCUACUCUAUUUCACAGUUCCAGAAGACCCACUGCUUACCAGAGGAUGAAGAGUUUCUCCAGAGGAAAAACAAAGCUGUUAGGACCGUUCUGGAUGUAUUGAAUGUUUACAAACCUCAGAGGAAGUACAGGAGGCAGAAAGAUGCAGGUCAGCUGCUGGAUGAAGAUUCCAGGGUUCACUCCACUCUCCUCGAAUACGGCAGACUGUCCCAUUUUCUGCUGCGUUAUGGAUUCAGCAAACCGUCCAAACAAGACACGGUGGACCAGAGGAAGGCUUCGCUGGCCAGUGGCUCUCAGGCAGCGGCCCCCAGGAUGGCCGACCUGUCAGACCAAGACCACUUGCAGACAGUGGAGGAGAUGCGUAUCAAAACACUCAUGACCAGCAUGGCUGCCAUGGAAAAUGAAGAGGGGAAGCUGACCGCGAAUGCAGUGGGCCAGAUAGUGGGACUACAGUUUGAGGAGAUCAAACUGAUCGUCUCAGAGUACGCUGAAAGGCAGUCAGAGCUGUCGUCAGAGGAGCGUUCAGAGCGCUAUGGCCCGCUGCAGCAGCACCGCAGGGCAGUGGCCUUACUGAACAAAGAGAUCCAGCAGAAGACUAAAGAACUGGUCCAGCUACAAGAAAACUAUGAAAAGGUGAAAACCGGCUGUGACGAUGCCAAGAGAAAUCUAACUGAGGCCAAUGAGCACUCCAAGAAACUGGUGAGCGAGCUGAAGAGUUUGGACGAGCUGGAGGAGCAGGCAGACAUCAGCUUGCUGGAGAAGCUGAGUGCUCUAGUGACCACAAAUGAGAACCUUAAGCAGCAGGAGCAGGAGUUUCGCACACAUUGCAGAGAAGAGAUGGCUCGUCUGCAGCAGAACAUUGAGACGCUGAACCCGGUCUUGGGACAGGAUACAGAGGAGGAGAAAGAGAGGAACCAGCUGAUAGAGAAACAGUACAACACAGACAGAGAGAAACUACAGAAGAUCCGUCUGAUCAUGGCUCGGAGGAACCGGGAGAUCGCUAUCUUGCAGAGGAAGAUCGAUGAGGUGCCUAGCCGGGCUGAGCUGACCCAGUAUCAGAAGAGAUUCAUCGAACUCUACAGCCAUGUUUCUGCCACACAUAAGGAGACCAAGCAGUUCUUCACACUGUAUAACACGUUGGACGACAAGAAGGUUUAUCUGGAGAAGGAGGUAAAUCUGCUGAAUUCUAUUCAUGACAACUUCCACCAGGCCAUGUCGUCUUCAGCAGCCAGGGAGCAGUUCCUCAGGCAGAUGGAGCAAAUAGUAGAGGGGAUCAAACAGAGUCGCAUCAAGAUGGAGAAGAAGAAGCAGGAGAACAAAAUGAGGAGAGAUCAGCUGAACGACGAGUACCUGGAGCUGCUCGACAAGCAGAGGCUGUACUUUAAAACUGUCAAAGACUUUAAAGAGGAGUGCCGCAAGAAUGAGAUGUUGCUGUCCAAGUUGAGAGCGAAAGGAGCCUCGUAGAUCCAGCACAACCGCAACACGUCUGUGUCAAAUGAAUGAUUUCAUCUUUCGGAGUUAAUCGAUCGCAGACUAACUGAACACAAUUAGUGGUGUUUUUUUGGAAUAUUCCACCCUGUUAACCCUUCUGACUUGAUGCCUCUAACUUUAACUGUGAGAGGAUUACGGCACAUUACAUUUACAGUGGCCAAAAUCCAGCUGACCGACUGCAAAUAAUUGUUCAAGUCAGAAGAAGCUCUAAAUGUGUUGUGUGUUUUGGUCACAAUCAUCACAAAUUACUAACCACAUCUUUAGCAUCUCGUCAGACCAACAAAACUGUGGCCUUUCUUAUUGAAUUAGCUCUGUAACCAAUACCUGAGAAAUGUUUUGCUUUAUGUAAAGUCUAAUCUUAACUUUACCAAUGUUGAAUUUCAAACCUGACCUAGAGAGCUGUACAGAAUCCACCCACCACUCUUUGUUGAUCAUGAAGUGGGGCUGCUUCAGAGAGUGUUGUUUGUUAUUAUAUUACAGGGAUUUUAGGAAAAUCCUCAUAAAAAUAAUUUCAAACAAAAUGUGUGAAUGGUUUCCUAGUGCAACUUGGAACAUCACUCUUUGUAUGUGAAGUUUUAUGAUGCUGUUUGUAUGUUUCUCUGAAGUUUGAAUUCACCUCAUGUCUUAGAUUGGCCUCACUAUCCAAUGACAAUGUACAACCAUCAUUUAACAAUAAA